AUGAUGAGUGUGCACCAGAAUCGCGGAGAGUCCCCGCUAAACUCCCCGAAUUCACUGUCGUCGACGAAGGGCCGCGUGCUCUACUGCCGAAAAUGCGAGGGCCACGGAUUUCAGCGUAUUUUGAAGGGCCACGCCCCGCUUUGCCCCUUUAUUGAUUGUAAAUGUAAAUCGUGCGACCGGUUGAUGCGGAUGCGGAAGAAUGCGUUUGUACGUCGUUAUAAGGAGAGCCUGCCGGAGGAUACGGAAAUAAAAGUCGAGCUACUCCCACAGCAGAAUAAUUUAACGCGGCAGCGAUUCAGGCCUACAGAUACCUACGACUCGGCGGACUCAUCGGACGCGGAAGAGAUGUCGCGCGGCGAGCGUAUCCUCACUGCAUACCCGCCGUUUCAAGGCGAGCCCGUACACUUUAUUCAAAGG